AUGGAGCUCCACGUCUUUCGGGAGGUCUUCUCCAGGGCGCCCGCUCAUGUGGAGGCUUCUGGGUUCACGGGGAAGCACGGCAGGACCUUCAGGGUGGCCGUGACGUUGCUGCUUCCCGGUGCUCACUUCGUGCAGAUGUGCCCCGAGGCGAGCCUCAAGGUCCUGCCGCCUCCGCUGUUUCGCGGCGACCACAUGGUCAGGUGCAUGCCGGAGGAGGCCUUGUCAUGGAAGCGCCUGGUGUGUGUGCAUUAUCAAAUCAGACAGAGCAGGAAUAACGGUGAUCCUUUCGAUUUGGAUAUCAAGUGCUUUUUUCUUGAGAAAAUUAUCAAAUAG